AAAAAAAAAAAGAGUAUUUGCACUUCAUACACACACUAAACCUCAUAAUUCACUCUAUACCCUAUUUCUUCCUUUAUCUCUCCUCCCCACACAUUAUUAUUUUCCCCACCAAAAAUGGCAAAUCCCUAAUUUCCUAUUUUCUUAUGGAUUUCUACUCAAUUCACUCAAAAGAAAACAACAAAAACAAACCAAACAAAUUGAUUAUACCCUCUCUGAGGUAUGAGUUGCCAAAAUUGAGAGAAUUCGGAGCUGACAAAAAAAAAAUAGAUUUGAGAGAAUUCGGAGGACAUUUUGGUCAUUGACAUGUUCAUUGGCCCAUCUCCGCCACACACGCAUCUACUCAACAACCGCCGUAACAACCACAGUCCUCGCAACGCAACCGUCUCCUCCGCCCUCCCCGAUCUCCUUCUCGCAGCGAUCUCUCUCCUCCUCCUCUCCUCUUCUCCAAAACCUCCCAACAGAUUCUCCUUCCCUCUAACUCCUCGCCGUAGAUCCACCGCCAUGUCCCGCCGAUCUCCUCCUCCGCCUCAGCGAUUCGCUAAUCCUCAAUCACUCUCCGAUUGGCUCCAACCGCGUCUACCUCCCGACUCGUUCGCCGCCUGGGGAGUCAAACCUGGAACCAAAAACGUACACAACCUCUGGAUCGAGCUCUCCGACGGGGAGACUUCUAUAACCGACUCCACACCUCCGUUACGCACCGUCAACGUCGUGACCGUUCGUGUGAUGGGAAGAGACGGGAGUAUCCUCGUGGAAGGGCGCCAGGAGUUAUCAGAUGGGAGCGUUCGCGAGAGGAAUCGUCCUUUGUCGGAGAAGAUGAAGCCUGACGAGAGUCCUGAUCAAGCGGUUAUUCGCGCGGUUAAAGAAGAGCUUGGAUCUAUCUUUGAUGCGGGAGACGACGUCGUAGAGAGGGUUAAGAUUGUUCCGGGGAGUUAUAGUAGGAGAGUUGAGGAAAAGAGUUCGUUGUCGUAUCCGGGGUUACCUGCGUGUUACGUUUUGCACUCGGUGGAUGCGAUUGUGGAGGGAUUACCGGAGGAAGAUUUUUGUACGGAUGAGAAUGAGUAUGAGGAAGCACGAGCUGAGGGGAAAGCUGUGACCGUGAAGCGGCAUCAUUGGAAAUGGGUUAGUCCCGAUUCGAUUCGAGCUUAGAGUGAUUCAUCAGUCUCGCAUGAAUAAUGAUCAAGAGCAAUGUAGAGAGAGAUACUUACAUAUACACGUUUUGAUUAUAUAUUCAUAUGUGAGCAGGCACAUAUAUUCUCUUGUUUGGUUUGUUCUAUGUAUAACUUGGCUUACUUUUCUCACAAGUUAUAUAGUCUUUACUGUAGCUGUGUCUUUCUUGUUUUGUGCUCAGACUUUUUGAAUGAUAAUCUUCAGCUUUUACAGUUCUAUAAAGGUUGAGUUGUUUUUAAGUGAUUUAUCAGUCACAUGAAUGAUUUGAACCAUGUAGAGAGAGAUACAUAUGCGUACAUAUAAUAUACACAUUUCUCACAAUAUAUUUAUAUAACAGUAUAAAUUG